AUGGCACACGCCACAAAGCGCCCUGCAUCUCCUGGGGAAGACGCAGAUGAGGACGCUACUGAUCGGAAAGUGCUCCGCAAAGGGUCCUCCUGGCAGACCUUCUCGAGCUCUGACCCCCUCUAUGCAUUGAUGGGCGAGGUGCAAGAGAAGAAAGUUGUGUCAGAGGAUGGGCAGGUGAAUCAGGAAAGAUUGGGUCGAUGCCUGCAGAUUCUGGUCAUGGAGCAGGCCGCGCAGAAGCCCAAGGAUUGGAUCGAGUUCUGGGCAGCGAUGAAUAUUCCCGUCGAGUGCCAGUCCAGCGUACUUUCGGAGAUCGUUGCCUUCUGCUUGAGCGUGCCCCCCGUGGGCGGCCUUGGUGCUGUCCUUGCCGAGCUCAUAAAAGGCCACCGUGUGAAGACGAGGGCUGUGGAACAGGCCGUGGAACAAGCCAUGGCCGGAGGUCAGGACACGGGCGGCGUGUUACGUCAGAUGCUCUUCAGCAUCUACCCGAAGGGCCCGGACUCCGACUGGGGCUGGUCUCGCGUUGGGUGGAGCUGGCAGGAGUGGUGGAAGAUUGUUGAAAGGACGAUUGGCUGCCUUGAUAAUCUGGCUGCCUUUGAUGAACUGGGCCUGCUGCUGGAGCGCUUGGAAUCAGAGGGUAAACCGCUUGCUCAACAGCAGAUUUGGUCUGAAGCCAGGUUGGCCAAGGUUCGCGAGUCUCUGUGCAAGUUUGCUGAUGUAGCUGCAGUAGAUGCGGAGUUUCGAGGUGUGGCACUGUCAGAUCCGCAAGGCAAGCCGGUGGAGUUCGUCCGUGAGCUGGUGCAGGCAUCGUUCAUGACAGGAGACGGCGAAUAUGCGGACGGCAUGUCUGAGGCGCAGCUCGGCGAACUGCUGAACAAGUGCUGUGAAGCCCAGCUGGAGUUUGCCAGAUCGCUCACGCAGGAUCCGACGGUCACCUUGCAAUCAGCCUUCAGCAAGCUUCAGGAGAUUGUGCAGCAAGUCCUUCAAACACCGCCAGAGGAUGGCGACCUUGUCGGCACGGCUGGACGUUGGCUGCUGGCCAGACAGCUGCAGAGUGUUGCGGAGGACGCGGCCCACGUUGCUGCAAAAGAGGAGAAGCUCGAGGCAUGCCGCCUCAUUGGCUCGCCACAGUUUCAUGCUUGCGGCAGUUGCUCUCGCUUCGAGGAAGCUGACGUAGAGGCAGAUGAAUCCACCACUGUGGACCCCACGGACCAGGAGUUCGACAGCGAGGCGCUGGGUGCCUGUGAGUGCCGGUGA